AAAGCGUUGCCGGGCAACGUCUUUUUGGGGCCACAAAACACAACAAACAAUUAAAAGAAACUUGUGCGAAAAAUGUUCAAAAACCUGGAGAUAAUCAGCAAAAUGGAUUCACUGCAUCAGGAGCUGCUCUGGGAGGAUAGGGAAGUCAAAUUCGAUACACCACAUUUACACAAUCGUCUACAUAUUGGCGAGAAAAUAUUGGAUACGGUUUGCCACAUAGAGGACAGCAAGGGUAAUCCGGGGGAUACGGGCAAACUGCUGGUCACCAAUUUGCGCAUCAUUUGGCAUUCACUCGUCCACAAGAAGUUCAAUUUGUCCAUUGGCUAUGCUCGGAUUGCCAAUAUGAGCACCCGAAUGGUUCACUUGCAUACCAAGAACCGCAUUCCCAGCCAGGCGCUCUACAUUUUGGCCAUUAGCAAUGAGACCCGUUUCGAGUUUCUCUUCACGGAUGUGUCCGGCGAAACGGCGCGUCGGGAUCAGCCCAUCUUUGCCAGCGUCUCCGAUGUGCAUCACUUGUAUCAGCGCACGUUUCUGUAUCGGGAUCUGAAACUGCGCGGCGCCAUUGUCCAGGCGGGUCAACUGAUCCUGUUGCCAGAUGAGCGGGUGUUCAGCGAGGUGCAGGGCGUCUGGAAUCUGUCGAGUGAUCAGGGCAAUCUGGGCAGCUUUGUGGUGACCAAUAUACGUCUGGUGUGGUUUGCCGAUGCCAACGAAACCUUCAACAUUAGUCUGCCCUAUUUGCAGCUGGAUAACCUGCGCAUACGCGAGUCCAAAUAUGGUCCGGCUUUGGUUAUACAAACAGCGGAGACGGGUGGCAAUUAUAUGCUGGGCUUUCGCAUCGAUCCCGUAGAGCGUUUGAAUGAACUGUUUAAGGAAUUGUGCUCGCUGCACACCAUCUAUAAGGAUCAGCCCAAUUUUGGCAUUCAGUACGAUCCGCAGGAUGCACGUCAGCGGUUGGCUGCCGCCGCCGAGGAGGCCGCCCAGGCAACACAAUUUAAGAUCGACAACUAUCAGGAGCUGGACGAGCGUCAGGAACGCGAAAUCAAUACCAAGCUGAACAAGUAUCUUGCGGCUGGCAGCCUGGGCAUAUUGAGCACGGAUCAAACGACAGUUGAGCCCAUCUAUUGCAAGGAGCUGGGCUUUGCCAUGGAACCCAUACCCAAUGGCUACAAGCUGCAGGAUCUGUGGAAUGUUCUGCCCACCAAAAUGAUCGAUGAGUGAACAUUACAAAUGAUUUACAUUUCGGAUUUCUACAUAAUCUUAAAAAUAUCAUUUAAUAAAAUGUAGAAAAUUA